AUGGGUCACGAGAAGUUGAAGUAUGUUGCGAUAGGCGUCGUCAUAUUGAUAAUGUUGGUUUUCCUCGCCUUAGCUGUGCCUCUGCUGUUUUAUCGUCCUCCCCGAAUGAUUGCUCUGAUGAGAAUUGAUGACAAAAAAAUGAAAUUAUUAUCAGCGAUAGUGUUAUUCCGUCAUGGCGCCAGAGCUCCACUGGAAAUGCAAAACAAAACGAUUGCGGCCUUAUUCCCGAACGGACCAGGAGAAAUCACUCAAGCUGGUAUCGAGGAAACUUUCAAUCUCGGCAGAUUCCUUGGCAAACGCUACGUGAAAACGAAGUUCCUACGAACCCCACCACUGCCUUCAGAGGUCUAUUUCCGAAGUCGUUCAAACAAUCGCUGCUUGUUCUGCGGCGCUGUUGUCGGAUCCGGUAUGUGGGCAUCCGACCAAGAUUCGGAAUUCACCGCUGUUCCCGUUUAUUCCCAGGGAAAAAAGGAUAAGCUUCUGACGCAUUUACAAAAUUGUGAAGUUGAAAUCAGACGAAUCAACAACAGAUGUGGAAGAAAGCCGCCGUCCUAUGCAAAUUGGGGUGCAUAUGAGGGAUUUAUUUACGAAUGCAUCGGUUUACAUUAUCAGAAUAAUCUUUUCCCAGACGCUGAGGCUUUUUCCAAAGUGGAAACUCUUGUCCAAAUGGAUCGUAACGGGCUUAAAAUGCCGGAUUGGUUUGAGCAGAACAGGGAACAAAUCUAUUCCCUCUACGAAAAAACGUACAGUUUCAUCGUGGGUGUAAAUGAGUAUCAUGACGAGCAAUUGCUGAAAAUGAAACAAGGAUUUCUUAUGAGCACAAUUAUGAAAACUCUCUGGAAACAAUGGCAGGAGUAUGAGAAAAGUGGCCAGAUUAAGAAGAGGAAGUUUACAGCUUUUUCCACGCAAGAUUGGUUACUGUUGGCAUUUCUUCAUUCGCUCGGAUGUGGUGAUGAAGCGUUGGGUUCCACAAUCCCCACUUAUAAUUCUGUAGUGAUCAUUGAGCUGUAUGUACGGAAGAGAAAACCUUUUGUUAAGGUACUGUACAAACACGGUGGGAUGACACUUCCACGUGAUGUUACGCACGCUGUACGUGGUUGCACUUUUUCCCCGUGUCAUCUUGUUGAAUUUUCAUUGUGCUGUAAAAAAUAUAUGACCGAUGAUCCUAAAUCAGCUUGUGAUUUGAGUUAA